CAAGUUUCCAUAUUUAGUUCUUUCAGCUAUUCCUGUUCCUGAACCAGCUUUCCUGCCGGGACCUGCUGCAUCCCAGUUUUUCCCUCCAGGAAUUAUCCCACAUCCUCCCUGCACUGACGGAUGCUUGCACUCCCUGAGCCGAUCCCAAAUCUCUCCCCAGGCCCUAAUCCCUAAUUGGGAACGCCCCGUGCAGCCCGAGGUGCUGCCCAUGGGAUGGGGAGCUGGGAAUUGCGGGAUUUUAGGGAGGGACAGAGUUAAAGGCGGGGAAGGAGGCUUUGCUCCUGGCACGUGGCUCCAUGUCAGCCGGCAGAGGCAGCGCAGGGAGAGCGCCGGAGGAAUUCACGGCCGGAGGAAUUCACCGGGAGCAGGGAGACGCUGCCUAGAGGGAAAUCGGUGUUUGGAUCCCGGCAGCCAAGCUGAUCCCGGGCAGCAGAGCCGGUGCCGGUGCCGGCGGGCGCGCUGACCAUGUUCAACGGGGAUGCCAGCUCCUCAUCUGCCAGGAAUGUGGUGCGCAGCUCCAGCAUCAGCGGCGAGAUGUACAGCCUGGAGAAGAGCGCGCGCGGCAGCGCCGACUCCGUCUCCGUCACCGUCACCGCCAGCAAGAAGCGACGCUCCAGCCUGGGCGCCAAGAUGGUGGCGAUCGUGGGGCUGUCCCAGUGGAGCAAGAGCACCCUGCAGCUCAACCAGACCGGAUCCCCUGGGAAUUCACUGUGCAGAACUCCCUGGAAUGAUGGAAAACAGGAAAACAGGAAGGCAGGGAAGGGCUGGGGGCAGGAGCCGGAGCUGAUCCCGUCCCCAAUUCCAGAGGGGGGCCCCAAAAAGCUGCGCAGCACCAUCCGCAGGAGCACCGAGACCGGCAUCGCCGUGGAGAUGCGGACCAGGGUGACCCGGCAGGGCAGCCGGGAGUCCACGGACGGCAGCACCAACAGCAACAGCUCCGACGGCACGUUCAUCUUCCCCACCACGCGGCUGGGAGCAGAGAGCCAGUUCAGCGAUUUCCUCGACGGGCUGGGGCCGGGGCAGCUCGUGGGGCGGCAGACCCUGGCCACCCCCCCGAUGGGAGAUGUCCACGUGGGCAUGGCUGACCGCAACGGGCAGCUGGAGGUGGACGUGAUCCAGGCCAGGGGACUCAUCCCAAAGAUGGGCUCCAAGUGCAUCCCUGCCACCUAUGUGAAGGUUUACCUGCUGGAGAACGGCGUCUGCCUGGCCAAGAAGAAGACCAAGGUGGUGAAGAAAACCUGUGACCCCUCGUACCAGCAGCCCCUGCUCUUCGAGGAGAGUCCCCAGGGCAAAGUCCUGCAGGUGAUCGUCUGGGGCGAUUACGGGCGCAUGGACCACAAGUGCUUCAUGGGGAUGGCCCAGAUCAUCCUGGAGGAGCUGGAUCUCUCCAGCGCCGUCUCGGGCUGGUACAAACUCUUCCCAACCUCCUCCCUGGCCGACUCCAGCAUCGGACCCCUGACCCGCCGCCUCUCCCAGUCCUCCCUGGAGAGCUCCACCAGCCCCUCCUGCCCGUAGAGGCUGGGACUGGGAAGGAGACAUCCAAGGAGACCUUGCAGAACUGGUUGUGGAGAGAUGUAAAUAUCCUUUUUUUUUUCUUUUUUUUUUUUUUUUUAAUUUUCAAUCUCCUUCCCCCACAAAAAAUCUGCCCUGGACGCCCUCCCUGGGAAGGGAGAGGGAGCGAGGACCAGGUGUGAGGCAGGGGGGAAGGAGAGGUGAAAAUUCCCUCCAAGGGCUGCGACUGCCAACGACCCCAGACUGUUCCCAGACCUCGUCCUGGACGCUCCCAGUUCUCUCCCACCCCUGCUGGGAGCAGCCCAGGCUGGCUGAGGACGAGGUUCCUUUUUCCUGCCACUCCCUUUCCCUGCCUCCGUGGAAAAGGUGGCUUUCCAAGGGGAAAACCCCACCGAACUCAGAACAAAUCCAACUCAGCACUAUUUUUGUUUUCCAAGGAAUGUAGCAUCUUCUCUUAUGUAGCUUUGCCACGUGCUAACAACACACUCACUGCAAUACCCAAGAGAACUCCGGAUGGACCGGGAACACCUGCCAGUCUCAUCCCCUUUGGUCGCUUUCCCACCACUUUUGGUGGCCAUUUUCCUGCCUUUUUUUACAAUUUUUUUCCCCCCAAUUUUUUUUUUUUUUGGGUUUUCCCGGGAGCAUGUAGCCUGUGACCAUUGCCAAAGCAAGAGGGGACAGGGAAAGGGGCGCUGGCCUCCCCUCAGCAUCCCCUGGGCUUCUCCUCGUGUCCCGGCGCCGACCGCGCGCGCGUCCGGCCAGAACCGCGCCCAAAGGACAAACUCUGGGAAUGCCUGGUGGGAGAAGGCGACCCAACGGAGCGGGAACGCCGGGAUCCUGGAGGAUCAGCUGCCUCCCAGCCCCCUCCUUCGCAGCUGCAGGGCUGGGAUGCUCUCCUUGGAGCUGGGAUGCUCUCCUCGAGGUCUGGAAUGCUCUCCUUGGAGCCGAGAUAUCCUCCUCGAGGUCUGGAAUGCUCUCCUUGGAGCUGAGAUGUUCUCCUCGGUGUCUGGAAUGGCCUCCUUGGAGCUGGGAUGUCCUCCUUGGAGCUGAGAUGUCCUCCUUGAGGUCUGGCUGUCCCUCCUUGGGGUCUGGGAAGCCCUGCUCGGGGUUGGGAUGCUCUCCUCGAGGUCUGGAAUGCUCUCCUUGGGGUUGGGAUUCCCUCCUCAGGGGCUGGGAUACCCUUCUUGGGGUCUGGAAUAUCCUCCUUGGAGUAGGAUGCCGUGCUUAAAGGCUGGGAUUCCCUCCUCAGAGGUUGGGAUACCCUCCCUGAGGGCUGGGAUGACCUUCCCAAGAUCUUGGAUCCCCUCCUGGAGGCGCCCUCCUUGGAGCUGGGAUCUCCUCCUCCUCCAGACCAGGCUGUCCUCCUCAAGGUGUGGGAUUCCCUUCCCAGGCUCCAGCACGCUCCCCUCGAGGCCUGGGACAUCCUCCUUGGGGUUGGGACCUCCUUGUGGAGAGCUGCGAUGCCCUCCUGGAUACUUGAAUUCCAAGCAGGAGCAGAAUCCAACCCUGGUUCUCUCCAGGGGGACAUCUCAAGAGCAGCUCUGGAAUUCGGGGGGCAGACAAGGGAGCGGGAGUUCCUGAGCGGGAUGAGCGUUUUUGGGGUUUUUUUGUUCGUUUUGUUUGUUUUUCCAAGCAGCAUUUUGGUUCCCUCCGAGGGAUCCAGUUCUUGUAGCAAACCCGGGAAUUACGGAAGCUUUUUUUGAAGGUGCCUAUUGAAAUUUGCUGAAAUUACUCAGGGGAGACACCACUAGAAACUCUUGGUUUCUUCAUCCAAUAUUCCUAAAUCCAAUGACUGUCCUGAAGGAUCAGUUCCCAAGAGAGAAGGAACAAAAUCCCAACACACCAAAAGAUGAGGAGGCUGGAAGAGGACAAGAGGUUCACGGGGAAUUUCAUGGGGCUGGCUCUGACCUUCAGUCUUCACCACAAAGCACCCCACAGCACGGUUGGGGUUUUUAUAGGAUUAUUUCUUGGCAAAACACGGAAUUCCACGAUGCACAGAGCACAACAAACCCACCUGGGCUUCUCCUGGUGGCACCGGGAAUGAAGAACCAGCUCAGCCACAGCAGAACAAACCCAAACCUGAAGGAAAAGACUGUUGGGAUGAAGCUGUUCCCUCCACAAACCCAACCCCAAACCUGGGCGUCCAUAAAACCAAACUUGGGAGUCCUCAACCCCAGAUCUGGGGUCCACAAAUCCAAAUCUGGGGAAUCAUAUAUCCAGUCCCAGGGGUCCACAAACCCAAACCUGAGAGUUCACAAAUCCAGACCUUGGGGUCCACAACCCCAGUUCUGGGGUUGCAUAACCCCAAAUCUGGGGGCCCCAAAACCCAAACUUGGUGUUCCAUAACCUCAAAUCUGGGGUUCCACCAACCCAAAUCUGAAGGUCCACAACCCCACACUUGGGUGUUCACAAAUCCAGAUCUGGCCAAUCAUAAAUCCAAGCUUGAGGGUUCACAAAUCCAAACCUUGGGGUCCACAAGCCCAAAUCUGGGGUUCCACCAACCCAAACCUGGGGUUCCAUAACCCCAAAGUUCCACAACCCCAAAUCUUGGGGUCCACAAAUCCCCAAACUUGGGAGUCUACAGACCGGAUCUAUGGGUCUACAAACUCCAACUUUGGGGUCUACAAACCCACACAUGGGGUUCCACAACCCCAAAACCGUGGCCACCAGGACUCUGUGCUGUGGCCAAUUCACCUGGCAGUGCCACAGCUUUGGUGCCGUCGUGACGGGGACUCGGAGCUGCUGCCAUGACCUUGCCAACUCCAAACCACCCAGAAGGGAAUUGGCUGGAUCCCGCUGAGCUGGGGUGGGGAAAAGUUCAUCCUUUCCCCCCCGUGAAGGAUGAAAUCCUCCUCAGAGGAGAAGCGAUUCCUGGAUGGAGACCUCUGGGAAUGUGGGAUGCCCUGAACCUCGGGUGCUUUGGGGAAUGAACUCGGUGCCCUGAGCGCUGAGACAGGAACAAACAACGGCUUGGACUCGAUGUUCCCUCCUGAGCGCGGAAUCGCGGCAAACAGAAUUCCAUGAGGCUCAACCUGGCGGAGCCUCUGCCGGAUUUUUGACUCUCCAUGAGGGAAAGCAUCCCAAAAGGAAAAGCCUUCUGCUCCUCCAAGCUGCCGCUCUUCCCUCUGCCUUCACCAACUCGAUUGUGACGGGAAAACUCCAAAUCCGCGGCGGGAUUGUCCCGGGCACGGGGCAGGAGCGUGGGCAGAGCAGGGAGCUGAGCAGGGACGCUGUGCUCCCGGAGUGCUCCUGGCGUGGGCACAGCUUCCCACCCCCGCCGCAUUCCCGCAUUCCUCCGGCAGCGCUUCCCUGCUCCUGCCAGGAACAUCCCACGGCCGUGCCUGGUGAGAGCUGAGCGCGGCCACCACGCGCUCCCAGGGCCAGCACGAGCGUCCCUGGCUUUCUGCUGGAAAAAUCCCGGUGAAAUUCCACCUGGGAAUGAGGAAAACUCAAAGAUUUUCCACCUGGGAAUGAGGAAAACUCAAAAGAUUUUCCACCUGAGAAUGAGGAAAACUCAAAGGUUUUCCACCUGGGAAUGAGGAAAACUCAAAAGAUUUUCCACCUGGGAAUGAGGAAAACUCAAAGAUUUUCCACCUGGGAAUGAGGAAAACUCAAAGAUUUUCCACCUGGGAAUGAGGAAAACUCAAAAGAUUUUCCACCUGGGAAUGAGGAAAACUCAAAGAUUUUCCACCUGGGAAUGAGGAAAACUCAAAGAUUUUCCACCUGGGAAUGAGGAAAACCCAAAGAUUUCGGCUCGCGAGGAUGAGUUGGGGGUGACAAAGUGCAGCCCCUCCAUGGGUGGGGUUCCUCCUGCUCCUGGGGAAGGGGGAACACCAUGGAGUGGCACCAAAAUCCAGGAAAACAUUCCCUCCUUCCCUUCCAGUUCCCCAGGAGCUGCCACUCUCUUCCCAGCGGGAAUAACCCACCUUAAACUGGUGUGGGAAACCCAGACUGGGGGAGAAGCCAGGAUUGUGCCACGUUGGGGUUGCAACAUCAGCUUCUCAUUUCUCAACCCCCAGGACCUCGUGUCAGAUGUUUUCCUUCCUCAAACAACGAGAAAAACACAGCCAAGACACCCAAAAAUCCCAAACUGAGCCCCGUGCCAGCUCCUGAGGAAGGGAACUCCAUCCCAGGAUGAAUUCCUGCACUCCAAGGUUGGUUUUUUGUUGUUUUUCUGGGGGAAUAUUUUCUCACAAAGGGCAUUUUUUGACGUGCAUUUUGAUUUUGCAAAAUUCCCUGGAAGGAAUUUUGAGUUUGAUGGUUUUCUCUAUUUUCUGUCAAGAAAAGAAAUCCAAAUCACUGGAUUUGCCAGAGAUUUUUUUUUCCUAGAAAGAGGAAUUAAUAUGGAAUGACAUCAGUUUUGCAGCACAUUUCACACCCAGCCCCCAGCAGAGAGGAGCAGCCCCCACCUGACACUGCCAGAACUGAAAUCCAAACCCCCAGGAAUCACGAGGAUGGAUUUGACAAAAAAAAAAAAAACCUUGGAAUGAUGCUGGAACAUCCCCUGAAAGCUGACAAAAUUCACACAAAGCACAGAGAACACUCCAAGAUCCCAGGCCUGAGUUAUCCCUGGUUUUCCACCAGCCUGGAACGGGCCAGAUUUGCCAAAAUCCAGGGAAAACUUCCAAGAAAUUGGGAUCAGCCAGGAUGCAGCUGCUGGUUCAUCACCAUCGGGGCAUGCUGAAAACCCGGGAGAGGAGGCUUGGCUGGAGUUUUCCCAAAAUCCAGUGCAAUCCAGCACCAAUUCCCUGAACCUACUGCCACAGAGCACCAGAGAGGGGGAAAAAAAAUCCCCUCCACCUUUCCCAGCUGUGCCAACCUCUCCUCCAGGAGCUGCCAGCUCCUGGUGCCACACAGACCAGGAAUUCCUCAGGAAUGGGAUCAGGAUUCCCUUGGCUCCCUGGGAAUCUCUUCUGUUCACUGCCUGACACCACAACUUGGGAAAUCCAGCCUGGAUUCCACAAUUCCCACCUGGACUCACCAAGCCCAGCAGGGCAGGAAGGAUUUUUUUUUUCCUCACACAAAACAAUCCCUAAAAAACUGCACCAGGGAUGUUUUUCCAGGUGGAAAAUUUUUCUCCCAGUUGACUCAGCUGUUUCUUUCUGGAUGGAUGGGAAAUGCCUGGAUGUGGGAAGCUCUGGAUUGGUUUGGAAAAUACCAGAAUUGUGCAGAUCAAGGAGCAGUGGCCGGGCUGAACCCAACCUCAAUGAGUUUUUCCUCACGGAUGGGAAGAGCUCUCCCUGUUUUCCCUGGGGAUUUCGUGGCUGCAGGUGGAUCUGGAGAAUUCCCAGCAGGGUUUGAAUCCUGCUGUGCCAAGGGCAGCACGGCCUUUUCCAGUGGUUUUGCAGGAAAGCUGUUCCAACUGGAAGUCUUCCCUCUGCUGCACAGAUCCCAGGCUGGUUUGGGUGGGAAAGACAAAAAUCCAUCAAAUUCCAGCCCCUCAGAGGCUGCUCCAAGCCCCAUCCUGGGACACUUCCAUGGACAGGGCAGGAUUUCUUUUUUCACGGAGAAACCCCCUCCCAAUCCUUGCCUGGUUGGUUAAAGGUGUGAAAAUCACUUUUAGGAGUUGAAAAGCUGCAGGAAAGAGUUUUUAGGAGGAAAAAAAAAAAAAAAAAGCAUCCCAAAUAACAAGGUUGGAAUUUUGGGGGUGACUCCGUGACAGGGUGGGACAAUCCCGCUCACCUGAGGAAGAUUUUGGGUUUAAAAAGACACAGAAAAGUGUCCAAAAAUGUUGGUCUGGGUGGCUGAGGAACCUCCACGUUGUGGGACCCCCGAGCAUCCCUCAGGAACACCGGGAUGGGCUCCAGGAGAAUCCAGGAGAUCCCAGUGCUCCCCCAGGGCCUGGAGCUCCGGUUGUUGCUAUACCUCAUCCUUUCCUUUUCCUUGGAUCUUUCCCUUUUCCCACUUUUUCCAUUCGUUUAGGACCCAGAGCUUGUGCACUCGGCCACAUCCAGGUUUUAUUUGGUUUUUUUUUGGUUUGUUUUCCUGUAGAAUGAAAAGCAAUCCAUGAUUGGGGUGGGCAACUCCCAGCCCUGCUCCCUUUGGGAUUUGAGCCCAAGGCAAGGGAAUCCCGGGGUUGGAGGGAUGAUCCAGAGGGAUCCUGGGGCUGGAGGGAUGAUCCAGAGGGAUCCUGGGGCUGGAGGGAUGAUCCAGAGGGAUCCCGGGGCUGGAGGGGUGAUCCAGAGGGAUCCCGGGGCUGGAGGGAUGAUCCAGAGGGAUCCUGGGGCUGGAGGGAUGAUCCAGAGGGAUCCCUGUGCCCCUUUUCCAUCCUCCCUGUCCAGCAGCCCCUCCAGGGCUGCCCUGAGCCCCCAAACCCCUCCCAGGGGUGGGAGAGGGGCUCGACAAAAUCCAGCAGUGCUCCCACCCUUGGGAGGGCACAAUUCCCUCUCCAAAGCCCUUGGAGGGGCACAAAGCCCUUUCCAAAUCCCUUGGAAGGGCACAAAUCCUUUUCCAAAUCCCUUGAAAGGGCACGAAUCCCUCUCCAAAGCCCUUGGAGGAGCACAAAGCCCUUGGAGGGGCACAAUUCCCUCUCCAAAGCCCUUGGAGGGACACAAAGCCCUUGGAGGGGCACAAUUCCCUCUCCAAAGCCCUUGGAGGGACACAAAGCCUUUUCCAACGCCCUUGGAAGGGCACAGAUCCCUUUCCAAUAAAUUUGGAAGGGCUCAGAUCCCUCUCCAAAUCCCUCAGAGGGGCACAAAUCCCUUCCUAAACCCCUUGGAGGGGCACAAAUCCUUUUCCAAAUCCCUUCCUAAACCCCUUGGAGGGGCACAAAUCCUUUUCCAAAUCCCUUCCUAAACCCCUUGGAGGGGCACAAAUCCUUUCCCAAAGCUCCUGGGUGGACAAGGAGCCCCUGGAGCAGGCAGUGACCCUCCCUGGCAGGACAGGUUGGAUGCUGAUCCCAUUCCCUGCAGGAUCCCAGCUCCCUCUGGCUCCAAAGGGAAUUUUCUCCCACCACAGGAGAAUCCUGAAGGAAUUCCCAAUCCCGAGGGGGAGCCCCUGAAUGUUCAGAGCACUUUGAAGUCGGUGGCCUUGUUUUCUUAAAGGGCUUUGAUCUUUUCAUGAAAGGAGAGAAUCUUCCCAUCAUCAUCAUCAUCAUCAUCAUCAUCAUCAUCAUCAUCCUCCUCCUCCUCCCCAGCUCGGAAUUCAUCCCUGGAAUGUUCAGGAUGAUCCAGGACUCUGGAAUCUGUCAUUAAUCCCUUAAGUUUACACCUCAAAGUGAAAAACAAAGUUGGGAAUUUCUCCUGGAAUUCAGGUUGGCAGCAGCAGCAGGGAAAUAAAAGCAGAGGGAUUUUUAGGAGUGGGCAAAGUGAAGUUUGGGAAUGUUUAUCCCAUGCAAAAAUUCUGGAUUUCCAUUCCCAAUGGAGGGAUUUUAUCCAGAAUAAGGAAUCUUUCAACCCAGCUUCCCCCUAAAAAGGUUUGAGGGGGAAUGAGAGGGAAUUGUGGAAUGCCAGACUGGUUUGGGUCCAUUAAAAAUGAAAUAAAAGGGAAUUAAAGGGUGGGAAUGCUGAGGGAUUAAAGGCAAGGAGAUGCUCCCAGAGCUCUGCCAGAAAUUCCAAACCCUUGGAAGCUGAGGCUGAAAGGAGGGAUGGGGGGGAGAGUGCAAAACCCCACAAGGAUUUGAAAAUCCCUCACAUUUUCCAGCCUCAAAUCCCCAAACAUUUACAUGGAAAGGGAUCACCAGGAGAGGGGGGGAAGUGUCAGAGCUUAAUGAAGCACGAGUUAAUUGGCCCUAAAUGAGAAGGUGACAGCUGAGGGGGAAGGGAGAGCCGGGAGAAGACUUUCCUUGGAUAUUUUAGGAUUUUUGGGAGCUGGGAUGGGAGCAGUGACCCCACCCCCCCAAUUUGAGCUAAACUGGGUUUAAUGACAGAUUCCUCCCAUUCCACAACCCCACCCUCCCCAAAAAUCACCGGGAAGGGGGGACCUGGAGCAUCCCUGGAGCCCCAGUCCCACGUCCAAGAGAAGGGGAUGGGUUUGGGACGGCUACAGAAAAGUGGGAAUAUUUCAAAAAACGAGCAAAUGGAAUUUUCUACCUGUGUCCUGUCCCGUUUUCUAUGUGUGUGUGUGUGGUCCUUUCUUAAAUGUCAAACUCUUGUAUUUUUGUGGUUUCUAUCUGCGGGACUGACGGCUCUGAGGGCGCACGUUGUUUUGUAAAAUAUUCCUGACCUUCUCCUCCCCAAAAAAAUCAAAAAUAAAAAGGGAGGAAAAGCUGAAUUAUUCACCUUUUAAUUGGCUUUGCAUGUACAGUAUUGGGGCAGCAAGUGGAGAUGAUUAAAGCCAGCUUGAAAACUU